ACUAGGUAUUAAAUAUUUAUGGGUUUGCUGUUUCUGUUGCUGUCAAGCUGGUGCUGCUGCUAGUACUGCUGCUUCUUGCAGGCUGCAUAGAAAUAGAGAGGGCGGUGGUUUAAGUUAUUUUCUUUUGCAGUGUGUUAACAAACCCCCAUGUAGGGAAAAAUUGAUCAAAGUGGAAAAAAAGAGGAAGUGAAAGAUUUUCUAGUAGAAAAGAGAGUCAUCUUUUAUGGGAAGAGUAAGAGAAAGGAGUAACUUGAAUCUUGUUAAGAAACAGCUGUUGUUUUGCUAGUUGGUAGUGGAAAAGAAAGGAUUUUUUUUCUCUUGACAGUCUGUACUUUAGGAAAGACAAAAAGGAAGUUUUAAGGGUUGGAGUUUGAAUCUACUACCAACCCAAAGAAGAGAGGAAGUUAUGGAUGCAUAUGAAGCUACAAAAAUUGUUUUCCAAAGGAUUCAAAGUUUGGAUCCUGAAAAUGCCUCAAAAAUUAUGGGGAUUCUUCUGAUACAAGACCAUGGUGAGAAAGAAAUGAUUAGAUUGGCUUUUGGUCCAGAAGCUUUAGUUCACUCAGUGAUUCUUAAAGCAAGAAAAGAACUUGGUGUUUCUUCAAACUCACCUUCUACACCUUCAACUCCUUCUUCACCUUCACCUUUUGGUGGUUCAGUGUGUUUUUCGAGGCAGAAUUCUUCUUCUUCAGCUACUUCUGGUAGGAUUCUUGGUGGUUUAAACCUUCCUUCACCUCUUAGCAUAACUAGUAACAACAACCACUCUUCAACUGUUUCUGCUUCUUGGAGUACUAGUCCUAGUUUCUCUGAGUUCCAAGAAGCUGAUCUAGUUAGUCCUAGUGCUUCCAACAUCUCAUAUACUGCUGCUAGUACUAAUGGAAUGAACAAUUCCACCAUGAAUUCCUCUGCUCCUCCCUUUUAUUGCAAUGGAGAAGUAGACUUGAUAGAUGAGUUUCAACUACAGGACCAGCUUUCUUUCUUGAAUGAUGGGUCACCAACCUUGGGGCCUAAGAAUCCUGAUGUUUAUUACCAACAACAGCAGCAACAGCAAGAUUUAGCCUCAAGUCCAAGUGGGGAUUCCAUGCUUUUCUCUUCAUAUAACUGGGGUGGUGGUGGCUGCAGCUCAGUCAACGGGCUCUCUCAUAGAAGGAGCUGCUCUGUGAGUGAUAUAUGUUUGGGGGCUGAUGACCCAAGUGGAGGACUUGGCUGGAAACCUUGUCUCUAUUUUGCUAGAGGGUAUUGCAAGAAUGGAAGUAGCUGUAGGUUCCUUCAUGGUGCUGGGCCUGGUGAGGGCGAGGUUGGGUCACCAAGCAAGUUUGAGAUGAUGGAACAUUGCCAAGAACUUCUCAGAUCUAAGUCAGCUCACCAGCAAAGACUAGCCACAGCUUCUCAGCUCAUGGCUUCUUCUAACUUCCCUCUCUCUCCCAUGGCUGCUAACAAAUGCAUCAACUUUCUUCAGCAGCAACAGUUGCAGUCUGCUGAGAGUCCCAGAGCAGCUGCAGCAUUGAUGAUGGGUGAUGACAUGCAUAAGUUGAGCAGAGGUCGUUUUGAAAGAGGGGAUUUUGGACUGAAUGGUGGAGCUGGAAUAGCAAAUCCAGGUUCAAGGCAAAUUUACUUGACAUUUCCUGCUGAUAGUACUUUCAAAGAAGAGGAUGUUUCCAAUUAUUUCAGCACUUAUGGGCCUGUUCAAGAUGUGAGGAUUCCAUAUCAGCAAAAGAGGAUGUUUGGUUUUGUUACAUUUGUUUAUCCAGAGACUGUGAAGACCAUUCUUGCCAAAGGAAAUCCUCAUUUUGUAUGUGAUGCUAGGGUGCUUGUCAAGCCUUACAAAGAGAAAGGCAAAGUCCCAGAGAAGUUUAGGUAUUAAU